UUUGGAUAGUCAAAACUAUCAAAUAAAUGUUUGAUUUUGUGCUUUAAUAAAACUUGUAAUCGUUUAAAUUAAAAUCUCUUUGUAUGACUGUUAUGACGCGACGUCGUUAAUAUAAACAGUUUUCAAAAAUGGCGGCCGCCGUGAAACGAAACAAGAAAGGUCGAUUUAAAAAAAAAAACCGAUAUGGUACGGUCAGUAAAUGUUAAUGAACUUACUCUGGAUCAUAAUUAUGUGUCAGGACAUUAUUGUGAAGGGGAAUGUUGUGAGGUGUGUUUUCCCGGGAUGAAAACAUUGAUAAACAGUAAGAAAUUCAGUUCUGCGGGGUGGAAGAAAGGUCGACGAAUCGUUGAGUGGUCGUCAAUUAUAGACGCACUUUCAAGUUGUCAACAUUGUAAAUGCGGGUCUCUUUAUUUAACUAAAUAUAAGUUAAGGGCGAGAUGAAACUGGGACUAGGUGGAUAUCUCUAUAUCCAGUGUACACUCUGUCUCCGGCUGAACGGGAUACCGUAUGGGAAGACCCACAGAAGUGAGAAAGAAAACGACAAGGGGAUGCCAAGUUUUUGCAUAAAUACUAAAGUCGGCGCAGCAAUGAUAGACAGUGUUUGUGGACCCCAGCGGAUGAACAACCUGCUUACCACUCUUGACCUUCCCUUCAUAAACAACAGAAGUUUGAAAACAAUGGAGAGAAGAGCGGGCCAGUUCAUCGAGAAAUACGUGGAAGAAAACAUGAAGAAAGAAAGUGUCAUGGCCUAUGAGAAAGAAAUGAUAGGUAUUUCACAGAAAGAAGAAUAUUUCAAGGAGGAGUUUAGCGACUUAGGGGUUGCUGUUAUUUCAGAUGAAUUUCAUGGAGAUGUGUCUAGAAUGGCAGACCAAAGUACAUGCACCUCUUUUGAUUCUCCAGGUGAUGGAAACAGCUCUGACGGAUCCAAACUUGAGCAGGCUACUUAUGAAGUGAUCAUGGAUCCCAAUAAAGAUGUCACUUCUUAUGAUGCCCACAGAUCAAAGAAACCGCGUCCAGCAGUCAAGAAACUCUCUUCCCCUCCUAAGUCCCGUAAAGGCAUGACAGUUUGCAUCGACCAUGGAUGGCAGAAAAGGGGGUUUGAUAGUUUAAUAGGGCAUACAUUCAUGAUGAGCAAAGAAAAUAAGGUUUUGAAGGCAGUUGUAAGAUAACCGCACUUGUGGAGUAUGCAAAUGGUGGAAGAGAAAUAGAUCAGGAGCAAAAGUUCGGGAACAUCGUUGUGUGUGGAAUCAC